AAAAGAAAUUGUCAUGUUUCAGACUCGAAAUAAAACGCUACACUAGCAAAAUUAGCAAGCGCUCCACCCUUUAUAAUGAUUUUUUUAGUCUGGCAACAAUAGGCACAUCCGUCAAUCUGACAUUCACAUUUUUCUGAGAUUGUUGUCGUCGCAGUAAAAAUAAAUAAAUUAAUUCAAAAUAACACACUUUAACACCCUUCAACUUACCUUGAAAGCUAUGAUAAGUUCAUUUAAUUCAUUAUUUCUAUAUUCCACUUCAAAUCUCCCCCGUUUCGUCGCGCCGAGUGCUUAAAACUGAACCACCUUCGAGUUAUUUUUGUGUUCAAAUUACCUAUUUCUUAUGUAAACAGUGAUGGAAAACUGUUGGGAACCGUCGCCCCACAGUUCCCAGGAUUAUUAUCCGCACUACAACCUAUUCCAGAGCUCGAUAUUCUACGAUACAGACAACUUUCGAGUGCCGUGUCUUUUGGAGGAUUCUGUGGCCUCGGAAAGUUCUGAGAACGAAGAAAAGAGUGCGGAGCCCCCGGACAAACCGCCGGAGGCGCCGCCGGUCAAGGCCAAGCGGGUGAUCGCGAAGCAGGAGCUGUAUCGAGACCCUGACUUGUUCGGGAAAGAUGAUGGUGAAUCAAACACCAAUGGUCCCAUAGAGCCUCCAAACUUAUCGCUGUCCCAGCCAUGGGGAUACGACUGGACCAAGCAGAGCUGGGUGAAGGAGGGUGCUCCGGUGGCUGACCUGCUGAAGGAUGAGAGGCGCACGCCGGACAACCAGCCCGCUGCACCGAGGGUUAACAACAGAAAGGCAGAGAGCAUGAUGCACAAGAUGGGUUGGCAGGGUGGCGCGCUUGGGAGGACUGGGGAUGGGAUCACAGAGCCCAUCACACCUAAAGCUAUCCAUGCAUUCCGGUCGCCGGGCCCCGGGCCGCGCUCGGGCAGGAAGGCGCGGGCGCCCGGCAAGCCGCCCAGCAAGCCGCCCGGCAAGAAGAACCAGACCCUGCGCGACGCCUUCUGCACCAACGUGCUGAUGCAUAUACUGGAGUUCGUGCAGGAUGAUACCGAGUCGGAGCUCCUAUUCGACACGUCCCUCCGCCAGCACGAGCGGCGCUACAUCACCCACAUAGUGCACUCCGUGGUCAACGACGAGGUCCUGCACGCCCUCACUUCCACCGCGCAGUACGAGCUGGCCAGGGACAUACACAAACACAAUCAAUACUUGCUGGAGUGUGCGCAGGGGGACAACCACCAACUAGGCAUCUACAAAGAGGCCCCCGAAGACGUGUACCUCGUCACCCCCGACGACUUUUUAUCCAAAGACGACACAGAUGGUGACAAAAACGUCACCAUCGACGAAAACGUCACCCAUGACACAAAUGACAAAGUCAACGGAGAUAUGGAUGACGACGAAAAUCCUUUUCUAAAAAGCAUAAAGAAAAGUAUAAAGAAAGACGAUGAACCGAAAUUGACCAAUAAGUUUGAGACGGAUUGUGUGAUAGCAAAGGAAAGUGAAUCUAAAGUGGGGGACGGUAAGAUUGAAGUUCCGGUGACGGCCGAGGAUAAGAUGUUGGAGUUCUUUUUGGAGUUUGCUGAGACAGAGACUUAUAAGGAGAUGCGGUUCCUAGGCACAUUCACCGAGCUGCAGUCGUCCGCCAUCCACUUGGUGCUGGAGGCGGCGGCGGGCGGCCGCGAGCCCGGGCCCGGGCCGGCAGCCAGGGCGCUACGGGCCGCUAGCUUCAAGAUCCGGGACGGCGCCAACGGGACCCCCGAGAUCCACAAAGUACCAGCUAGCCCGGCUCGAAAUCUAGGAAAAACCUAGAUAUUGUAAAUAUAAGGUGGCCAAUUCAAUUAUGACUACUUAGGAAAUACGGAAAGGACCUUUCAUGUAGGACUUAAAGAAUUAUUAAAACUAAGAAAUGUAAAUUCUAAGAAAAAAAUCGUGCCUCGAUUUUUACAAGCAAGUACGACUAUCUAAAGCAGGGACGCUUUCCAGAUAGACUUUCGUACAUUGAACCGCCUGUUGCUAUCUCUAUUGCACACACAUAUAUUGCUGUCACGCUCGCACAGUGACAUUGACAACCGUCAUGGGCGGGACAGCAAUAUAAUUAUGCGCGUGCAAUAGACAUAGCAACAGGCGGGUCAAUAUCCGAAAUGUCUGGAAAGUGUCUCUGCUUUAGUUGAGCUGUCAAAGUCGGCAGACGAUUUAUUCUUAGUCUUUAACUUAAUUUUACAAUCUGUAACUCUUUAUAAGAAUGGCCGAUGAUGGCUACUUACUCAAAGACACAACCUUUGUUGUCUGGAAGAGAUCGCUCUUAAACGAUAAGACCGCCUGUUAUUAGCUCUAUCCAAUUGUCUUUGUUUAUGUUUCUGUACGUUUAUUGUGUUGUAUUGUACUGUUUAUUGCACAAUACCAAUGAUAAAUUGAUUGAGUAAGAUGUGUAUAAUCUAAGAUAAUUUCGUGCUUCGUAUUUGACAUUCUGUGCUCCAUACAUUUUGCGGUAACUCUAAUUGUCAAAAGUUGACGUUUGACAAUUCAGUGACCGCAAAACAUAUGGCGCAGUACAGCGCCAUCUGUUUUAGAUCUCAAAUUAAGGGGAACGUUUUUUACUUAGACUUCACCCCUCUAUUGCAAUCAAUUGUCUUUGACAAUACUCUUUAUUGUAUUCAAAUUUUAACCGAAUAUAUUUUAUUUAAAGAAAUAAUUUAAAAGCUAAUAUGGUCAUGUUAAUAAAAUGUUUCUAUUAAGAUAUUCAAAAGUGACUCAUUUUUAUUAGACUUGAGGAUGUUUCCUAGAGUUUACAUGCUCAGCCAUUUUUGUUACUAUACGUCAAGAACUUAGAUUUGUUUUGUCGCUAAAGAUCAGAUGAAUUUUGUGCAUAUUAUUUGCAUUUAAAACAAUUACAAUAAUACCAAAAAUCAUUAUCAUUCAAGCAGCUAUUUAUUUUGAUAUCUCGUUAGAUGAUAAUUGAUAACCAAAAGUUAGUAACGGGGAAAAAUAAUAAUAGUAAACCAAAAUCUAUUGAUGUAUUACUAUAGUUUGUUUUUCUUUAGCAUUAGAUAAAUAAUCUUGACGUGUAUUUUUUAUUAAAAACGAAUGAAAAACGCUUUUUAAUAAUUAGUUUAUAUUACACACGAAAGGAAUUUAAUGUAAAUAAUCGUAUAAAUAUGAUUUUUAAAUGUUACAUACAUAUUUGCUGUGGCCUAUUUUUCAAAAGUGUUUUUUAAAUAAAAAAACACGUCAAAAUCGCUUGCCUUCUUUCUAAUGUUAUAAAAACGAACUAUAGUACGGUUCACUAUGGCUCUGAACAUGUGCUCGUAGCUAGUGAGUAGACCUCGAUUAACCACAUAUAACUCCAUUAUACUAUACCUAAACACGAUGUCCUGUUUACGUGACCGUAGUAUCAAAGAUAAUUUAUUGUAAUGGAGACGUAAAGUCCUAGGAAAAAAACGUGACCCUUAGUUUGACAUGCAAAACAGAUGGCGCUGUACCGCGCCGUAUAUUUUACGGUCACUGAAUUCUUAAACGUCAAUUUUUGACAAUCAGAGUUACUGCAAAAUGCAAGCUGUACAGCGCCAUCUCGUUUACCUGCAAAUUCGAGGCAUGAAGUUGUCUUAGAUUUUACACAUCUUACUCAAUCAAUGUAUUUUUCGUAUAUAAACAUGGUAUAAAUGAAUAACUGAUUUAUUACAUAUUUGAAAGGUGACCAAGCGUAUUGUAAUUAAAUUUGACAAAUAUGUUUAUUAUAAAAAUAUGUGCCAUUCUCAACCAAUAGGGUACUUAUUGUCAGUUGCCAAUAAGGCGCUUUUUGCAUUUAGCAUCAAUUUGAAAUCGGCCUUAUCGACAAUCUACAAUGUGGUACCUUUUGGUUGAAAACGUCACAUAUAAUGAUAAAAGUAAAAAGUAUAUCUACUCUGUUUAAUUCGGAUUCCACUGAAUGUCCGGACCAGUGGUUUCCAAAGGUAAUUGGUCUCCGACCAAAUUAACAAAAACAGCCUUUUUCUGG